AUGUCGUUCUCGCCCUCUGAGCUCCCGACCAAGGCGCAGCUCGACGCCGCCAAGCACCUCAGCGUCCAGGACGAGCGGGGCGACGAGGUGCCGUUCGCGUCCCUCGUCGACGGCCAAAAGGUCGUCGUCAUCUUCAUCCGCCACUUCUUCUGCGGCCUCUGCAUGGACUACCUCUCGUUCCUCUCGGCCCACCUGUCGCCGGCCCUCCUCGCCGAGCACUCGACCAAGCUCGUCGUCAUCGGGUGCGGCUCGCCGUCGUUCAUCACGCCGUACCGCACCCGGCUCGAGUUCCCGUUCGACGUGUACGCCGACCCGGACAAGAAGGUGUACCACGCCCUGGGCAUGACGAGGCGCACGCUCGAGAUGGGCGACAAGGCGCCAGAGUACCUCAAGAGCGGCAUGCUCGGCAACGUGUUUGGCAGCAUCAUGAGCGCGCUUCGCUUCGGCAGGGUGGCGUCACCGGGCGACAUGAAGCAGGUCGGCGGCGAGUUCGUGUUCGACAAGGCGGGCGAGCCCGUUUGGUGCCACCGGAUGGAGCACACGCGCGACCACGCGCCGCUGAGAGAGCUCAUGGACGCGGCCGGCAUCCCGUACUCGGGCCCUUGAGGGGCUCGUGCACAGCGUCGGCCUGCUCCCUCUCUCGCGCGCACUCGUCCACCCUUUUGUUGUCGCACCAACCUGUAACCCGCACCGUUGCACUCGG